AUGAGCUUCAAAGAAGGGGCGUUUGAAGGCCAGACGCAUGGAGGGUCCGAGAAGGUUUGGCCGAAGAUCAGCUCUUACGAGAGAGACAUCGGCAAGUUCAGCGAGAAGUUGUCGGAGACGCAGAGUCAGCUCCUGGCCAUUCGGGACACACCCACACGGGAUUCCGACGAUCUCCGGACGCAUCUGAAGGCACAGAUCAACCAGGUGAAGCGGAUGAUGGCACAGCUUGGGCGAUUGCGUGACAUUCAGCGGGUCAAUGCACAGGAGAUCGGCAUGGUCGAACGAGUCCGGGCAAAGCUCUUCAAGCAAGUGCGUGUUCGUAAUUUGCUGGCGGAGGGCAACCCUGAGAACAUGGCGAUGAAGAUUGCCACAUUACAGGAGGACACCGACAGGUUACGGACCACUAUCAAGGACCUAGAGGCCGGAUUACAACCUCUUACCAAAGAGGCGGCGGACAUCAUCGGAAAACUUCGGGAAAUGCCGUUUGAGUUCACCACGGAGACUGGCAAGUUGCGGGCUUGCAAUCCUUGUCGCAGCCGGGAGUAUCAGGGACCGAUCACACAUUGA